AUGACGGUCGAGCAAGCGCCUGCACAGCUGAACUAUGACGGCGUCGUUUCUCAAAGCGAGGCGUCCGUUCAACAAAUCACACCAGAUCUCGGCUCCGCCAGAUUCCGCCCUCUUUCCGUCGCAAACACAUUGGCAACGACAGGCCCCCAAACAGCCAAUGAAGCUCUGACUCGGCCGACUAAAGCACUUGCCGCACACACUAAAGUUGCCAUUCCUCGGCAACGGGUCGCAACUGCCCCGCGCUAUAAUCGGCGAGUGCCCCGCGCACAAAUCAAAACCCUCUCGGAGAAAGCACUAGAAUACGAGAACCUGCUGAAGGAUUUGGGGGGCCUUGUUGACUUCAAUGCCGCGGAACGGAUCAGGAGCUUGUUGGACAAGCAUGGACCGGAAGUGGAUUACUCGUCGCAUAAUUCUCAGUCUCAAUCAGUAACCCCUCAUGAUGACAUUCCGGAAAACGAUGAGCCGACUUCGCCUUCGUCUAUCGGGUCUCUUGAGGCAAUUGAUCGAGUAGAAGAGGACAUCAAUCGAUCGGAACAUGCUAGAGCGACUGGCUACAUGGGGAAAAACUCAGAAAUUACCUGGAUGCAACGGCUUCAUAGAGAAGCAGACCAACGGGCUAAAGGUCUUCCGGGGAGUCUGGAGCCAGGGCAGGAUUUCCAGACCGAUAAUGCAUUAUCCCUGCAUGCGGUCAAUUAUCAUCUGGAUGACUUGGAUAUCUCCGUGCCCGGACCGGUACAAUUGUAUGCCAUGCCUUCUCGAGAGGUGGCGGAUCACAUGUUCGAGGCGUAUUUGGCUACCGUGCAUCCGUUCUACCCCAUUAUCAACAAACCUCUUUUUUCUGCACAAUACCGGACGUUCUUUGACAGCGCUGCUCAACCCGGUGACAAGUGGCUGGCUAUUUUGAACAUGAUAUUCGCAAUCGGAGCUAAAUAUGGCCAUCUCAUCGACGCACCGUGGCGUGGGGACGAGAAGGACCACUUGGUAUAUCUGACUAGGGCUAGGAUUCUUAGUAUGAACGGCGAUGUCCUGUUCAGCCAUCCUGAUCUCCAGCAAGUCCAGGUGGAGGGCUUGAUUGCCUUCUAUCUUCUCGCUUCUGAUCAAAUCAACCGGUCGUGGAGAAUCUCGGCCUUGGCAGUGCGGUCUGCAAUCACACUUGGAAUCAACAUGAAAAGCAGCAGUCCAACCACACCCGAUCUUUCAAAAGAAGCUCGCUACCGAGUCUGGUGGUGUCUCUAUACAUUUGAACACAUGCUCGGAAUAAUGACUGGUCGGGCAACUUGUGUCCAGGACGGAGUGUGGACCUCGCCUUUCCCGAUUCCAUUUGAAGAAGAACAGUUACAAGAGCCCAGUGCUCUGGAAGUACUCACAAACACUACACUGCGAGACGAACGAAUCAACAACAUCGUGGCAAGUGCGUCUAUCAGACAAAUGCCGUUCCACCCGGUAAAUGGUAAGGAUGCCAGUGGUCACACUCGAGCACGAGACACGACAUGGAUCCAAAACCUGCCUGUCAACUACGGGCUCUGUUAUCUCUACUAUUGCGACUUGUCAGUCAUAGUGCAAGAAAUCGUCAAUAGAGUCUACUCAGUGGACUGCGUGAUGAUACCAUGGGCACAAAUUGAGACCCGGAUUGGUGAACUCAAGUUCCGAACUGAGACAUGGCAAUCCAACCUUCCAAUCGGGCUCGACUUUACACGCAAGGAAGACAAUGCACCAGAUAUCCUUCGCUACAAACUGACCUUAGCGCUGCAUUAUUACAGUGCGCGGAUCACACUAGGCCGCCCCUGUCUCUGCCGGCGUGACGCGCGCCAGGGACCUACUCCUUCCUUCAGUCACGAAAUGGCAGUGGUCACCCUGAAGUCUGCACGGCACAUGCUGGAUCUGAUCCCGGAUGAGCCAGAUGCUCUCCAGAUCUACCGAGUUGCUCCAUGGUGGUGCAUCCUCCACUAUCUCAUGCAAGCAGCGACCGUUCUCCUCCUCGAGCUGUCUUUCGGCACCGUUCACAUGCCAGAAGAAGAAAACAACUUCAUUGGUCUGUCUAAGAAGGCAAUCCGUUGGCUCUUCGCAAUGUCCGAGCAGAGUAUUGCCUCUCGACGCGCCUGGCAGCUCUGCGACCUCAGCCUCCGCAAACUGGCUCAGGGCAUGAAGUACGACGUCAACGACAUGCCUUCUUACCCAUAUACCCCAGAGCCUACAUCCACUAUCAGCUCAAACCCGCCAUCCAACCAGUCUAUCUCUCAUGCAACUGGUGACUACCGGGGCCCGCAGCUAGAAUACCUCCCGGUGUCUGCUCCGGAUGCACCGCCUGGUGAAGACCAGCACAUCUACCCGAGCUUCCCGACUGCGGACCUGAUGGACUCCUUGACCGUUGAGGCCCAGGACUCGUACUUCCCUUAUGAUUCCAUCAGCGGGGAGUUUAUGCGUUCUUUCUUUCCUCAUUCUCAUGAGAACGAGAACUGGGAAUCUUGA